CCCAAGCAGACGACAUUGAGAUGCACUUUCUUAUGGUACUCGUCCUAAUUGCUCUCUUGGCCAUGGCCUUUGUGAGUGCGGUCCCAGUUCCGCUUCCAAAUGGAGAAGUUAUCGUUAUUGUCAACCAGAAAGUGCCCGAUGACUGUACAACAGGUACAACUUCGGCUUGAAAAGUGUCUAUUUCAGUUUUAAAAUAAAAAAGUUUUAAAUUAAAAAUAAAAUUUUUAAAAGAAAUUUAGAAAUUAUCCCCGAUGCAAUUCCUCAAAUACGAUAUAUGAAAAAAAGCAACUGAUAAAUAUCAAUACAAAUAUUGAGCAAAAACUUUUA